CUCUGCCAAUCCCUCCACUGGCUUCCAUUCAGUGUCCUCCACCCCUCUCUGCCAAUCCCUCCACUGGCCUUUACUCAGUGUCCUCCACCCCUCUCUGCCAAUCCCUCCACUGGCUUCCAUUCAGUGUCCUCCACCCCUCUCUGCCAAUCCCUCCACUGGCCUCCAUUCAGUGUCCUCUACCCCUCUCUGCCAAUCCCUCCACUGGCUUCGAUUCAGUGUCCUCCACCCCUCUCUGCCAAUCCCUCCACUGUCUUCCAUUCAGUGUCCUCCACCCCUCUCUGCCAAUCCCUCCACUGGCUUCCUAUCAGUGUCCUCCACCCCUCUCUGCCAAUCCCUCCACUGGCUUCCAUUCAGUUGUCCUCCACCCCUCUCUGCCAAUCCCUCCACUGGCUUCCAUUCAGAGUCCUCCACCCCUCUCUGCCAAUCCCUCCACUGGCCUCCAUUCAGUGUCCUCUACCCCUCUCUGCCAAUCUCUCCUCUGGCUUCGAUUCAGUGUCCUCCACCCCUCUCUGCCAAUCCCUCCACUGGCUUCCAUUCAGUGUCCUCCACCCCUCUCUGCCAAUCCCUCCACUGGCCUCCAUUCAGUGUCCUCUACCCCUCUCUGCCAAUCCCUCCACUGGCUUUGAUUCAGUGUCCUCCACCCCUCUCUGCCAAUCCCUCCACUGGCUUCCAUUCAGUGUCCUCCACCCCUCUCUGCCAAUCCCUCCACUGGCUUCCUAUCAGUGUCCUCCACCCCUCUCUGCCAAUCCCUCCACUGGCUUCCAUUCAGUGUCCUCCACCCCUCUAUGCCAAUCCCUCCACUGGCUUCCAUUCAGUGUCCUCCAGCCCUCUCUGCCAAUCCCUCCACUGGCUUCCCGUUGCCCA